AUGAAAGGGAAGAUCCUGUCAAUCCAAUCCCAUGUGGUCCAUGGUUAUGUGGGAAAUAAGGCUGCUACGUUUCCUUUACAGUAUAAAGGAUGGGACGUUGACGCUAUAAAUACAGUUCAGUUUUCUAAUCAUCCUGGAUAUGGACAUUUCAGUGGAUUCAGGUCAACACCUGAAGAAUUGGAGGAAAUUAUUGAGAAAGGUCUUUUAAAAGGAUUGGAUAUUAAGUAUGACGCAGUAAUCACGGGGUAUUUACCUAGUGUCGAAGGUUUGAGCAGGGUAUGGAAAUUGAUAAAGAGAAUGGAAGAGUCAACACCCGGUUUGAAAGUGAUAGUAGACCCAGUUUUGGGGGAUAAUGGACGGUUAUAUGUGCCCGAGGAAACGGUGCCGAUAUACCGGGAUAUUUUGAAGCAAAGUCGUGUUUUUUUGGCCACCCCGAAUCAGUUUGAAAUUGAGACUUUGACUGGGGUAGCGAUAACGGACCAAAAAACACUUAAGGCAAGCAUUGAUCGAUUUCAUGAAUUAUAUCCUCGUGUCGACAACGUGAUCGCCACAAGCGUUGUGUUGCCCGCAUUGAAAGACGUGUGUCUGAUUUCUGCGUGCAGCGACUAUGAGACAAGAUCUGCGUUCUUUUUCGAGGUGCCCAAAAUCGGCGCACAUUUCAGCGGGAGCGGCGACCUCCUCAGCGCCCUGCUCCUGGAUGCGUUGGUUCCAGGUCAACAGGAUCUUGUGACCGCUUUGAACAAAUCCUUGUCGUUAGUGGAAAGUAUUCUACAGAGAACAUACGAGCUGAAUGAACUCGCCCUAAAGCUAGAAAGUCCUAAGAAAAUAAACGAUUUGAAACUAAUCGAAUGCAGAGAUCUUUUAAAAGUUGAUCCACCUCUCAAAUACACUCCGCAACAAUUAUAG